GGCUCCCGGACGGGCCAGCAGGAUAACGGUGGACAGACUCUCCGUGUGACACUGGUCUGCCUGCCGCAGAUAAACAAACCCUUUCUUGCAUGAACCCGUGGCCCUUUAACAACUAACUGCCAGCCUGAGUCACGCUGCACAUGCAUGCCUUGCAUGUUAGAUGUCUCUGCAGAUAGAUGUUCUACUUCACGCUGAUGCAUGGCCUUUCUUGAGAAAUGAUGAACGCUGCAGAAUCCAUCUUGCAUGUUGUGCUGUGAGUGAAGCAUCAUGAGAGACGACAGGGAUAACCCUCUGGCCCUGUCAUUCAAAAGCUCAAGCUGCAACGACACCGAUUACGGGAGAGAACUCCGGCGAUUACGUGCUGAUUUGGAAGCAGAGAAGAACCAAGAGGCGUGGGCCUGUGGGCGGCUCGCUGUGGAGCUUCGGCGACUCCGAGAAGAGGCAGAGAGGGAACAUCAGAGGGCUGUGAAGGAGCUGGCAGCCAGACGAGGGUCCAGAAAGGGUCAGAAUGGAUCCAGAAAACUUCUGGCUGAAGAGUUAAGGAAGGAAGAUGAUGAGCGAUGCGGCAAAGAACCUACAGGGGAAGAGACUUUUAGUUUUUGUAGCAUACAAACGCAGUUACUGCUUGAUAAGAUUAAUAGCAAGGAGGCCACUUUUAAAUCACAGGAUUUUGAGAUAGAAAAGGCCAUCCUCCUCUGCCACCUGCUAGAGACCCAUGGACGACUCCUAAGGGGAACUCAAAAAAACAUAUCUCCACGCCGUGCAGCCAAAUGUUCCUCAAAGAAGCCUAAUUACCCAAGUGCCCCACAAGUGAAACCUCCGGGUGACUCCCACUCAUCCCAGAGGUCCAAACAAGAAGAGUGGAGGCAGCCUGUGGAGUGUAAUCCACCUGCAGAUGCUUCAUGCUUCUCCACUAUAGCUGGAAAAACCUGUCAGAGCACCAACCUGACGACGGGUCACCCUCAUCCUCCUCCUACACAUGCAGGUCAGGAGAACCAGGCAUCAAACUGGACGGAAUCCUCAGGAUCGGAUGAGUUGUCCGUCUCCAAAUGCAUGGGGAGGAGCAUGGAGAGAGUGAUGUACGACCUGUGCGCUCGGUCCGAGCAGCCUGAACCUGCAGACAUGGAGAGCAGCAACAGCGUGGUGGCUCUUGGGAAGCAGCAGCAGCAGCUCAGCGAGUCGGAGAAGCCCGACAGCAACAAGGAGGUCCCAAAAACUGCUAAGUUAGCCACAAAGUCGUUACUGGGAAAGAGGCACCACUCACUCUACGCAAACCUCAGUGGCUUUGAAGCAGAAGGACUACAAAAGAAUGGUACAGACUAUGGGUUUUUGGUGCGUCAGAACUCAGAGCUUCUGCGAGCCCUGGACGAGCUGGAAAAAACCUGCAGCGCGCUGAAGGAGGAGAAUGGCCUGCUGCGGAAGAGCAGCGCUCCAGGGACGGAGGAGAAGGUCAGGAGGUUAAGGAAGAAGAACACCGAGCUGGCAGUUCUUGCUAAACGGCUGGAAGAGCGGGCACGGAAACUACAGGAGGCCAACCUGAGAGUGGUGAACUCCCCGUCAUUGAUGAGGCCUGGGUCUGUGGAACACUACAAGAGAGCGUUUGCCCGUCAGAGAGCCCGUGACCUAGCCCAUCAUGCUGAUGCACUGCUGUCCAAGGACAAGGAGAUUGCUGCUCUGCAGCAAGAGUGCAGAGAGCUGGAAGAUCAGCUGGGCCAUUCUAAGGGGUUGCCUCUUCAGUCAAGCAGAGUGGAGGUUGAGAACCUUCUCCGGGAGUCUCAGAAGGAAGUUCUGCGUCUCCAGAGGCAGCUGUCUGUCACCUCAUCCAGACAGCAGGAUGACACGGACCUCCACGUCAAGAAAUGUGGGGAAAAUACCAAAGACAAGGGGCAAGAGAAGGUUGGAGGAGAAACCCCAUGUGUGGGGUUAGAUGAAGCUCCGUCCAGGUGUACGAAGACUCCUACAGAGGAGGGGGAGUCGUGGCUACGAGUGACGCCCCCAUCGGGCCUUAGCCCGAGCCCCUCCCACCAGGAGGACCCCCCUGAAGAGCAGCGGAUUCAGUUUCUGGAACGUGAGCUAAACAGCAAGAGAAAAGAAUGUGAAGAUCUCGAGCAUGAAGUAAAGAAGCGACAGAGAAGAUGUCUAGAUUUGGAGAGCCAGCUUGAAAAUGAGCGAGGCAAAAAUGAACACUUGAAGGAGGAGGCAGAUCUCCUCAGGAGGAAGGCACUGCUGCUCGACCAGUCUCGGGCUGAGAAUGAGGAGUUGAGGGAAGAACUCUCUGAAGUGACCGCUCAGCGUAAUUCAGUUCUCGAGGAGAACCAGAGACUCCGUGCCAAACUGGAGAACCUAGAGCAGGUCCUAAAGCACAUGCGAGAGGUCGCCGAGCGAAGGCAGCAGCUGGAAUUGGAACAUGAGCAGGCUCUGGCUAUCCUUAAGUUCAAACAGGAUGAAAUCAAACGGUUACAACGGGCUCAGUUAUUUGCCAAGAGGGAGCAUGAAGGAGUGGUUCAGAUGCUGGAGGAGUUGACUCAGCUUGUGUUGCGGCGGGAGCUGUCAAAGGUACGAGAGCUUGAAGAGAAAUGCCGCAGCCAGAGCGAACAGUUUGGCCUGCUCUCCCAAGAGCUGGAGAAGUUUCGACUGCAGGCCUCCAAGGUGGACCUGGCCAGCUCUACCCUCCUGAACAACCCCAGCCUCUCUGUUCUGACCAACGGAGUGGGCCUGACUACAGAACGAGACGGCACUGCUGGCUCAUGGGAUGAAAUAGCCUUCUGGAGUGUGGAGGGAGGGGACACUCUGUCCUGCCCUGAGGAUUUUGAUUGUCUUGAUGUGGCGGCUGCCCUGCGCAUGGGGGCCACCCCCCACCCUGCGGGACUCUCCAGGGUGGAGCGCUCGCCGGUCACCAAACAUCGAGAACUGCCCACCAUCAGCGUCAGCAAGUCAGCCUCCUCCUCCAACAAGUCGGAGACCGCACACCUCACCCCCAAGUCUGACACUCACCUCAGUCCACAUAAAUCAAGCCCAACACACGAGGUGGACACCGCCAGCGAGGUGGAGGAGCUGGACAUCGAUGUGGCCCCAGCUCCUUACACAGCCAGCAGGGGGGCAGCAAAACUCCAGGUUUUCAUUGCCAGAUACAGCUAUAAUCCAUAUGACGGCCCCAAUGACAACCCUGAGGUGGAGCUGCCGCUCACAGCUGGAGAAUACAUCUAUGUGUACGGAGACAUGGAUGAUGAUGGCUUCUAUGAAGGUGAGUUGAUGGACGGGCGGAGAGGGCUGGUCCCCUCCAACUUUGUGGAGCGAGUGUCUGACGACGACUUAUUGAGCGCCCAUCACCCAGAAACAGGGGACGCGUCCCACAAUUCCCUGCUCGACAGCAGCCUGCACAGUGCCAGCCACCAGCAUCACCUCCACUCGGGCGUGGGCGCCUCUGCCCCCGCCCCACCCCCCUCAGAUUCGAGAACAGCCUCAUCUGUCCCACCCCCUCUCACCAACGGCCUGGACUUGGACUUGGAGGAGGUGGGAGUGGACCUUGUGCCUUACCCACGUAAACUCACCCUCAUCAAGCAACUUGCCAAGAGCAUCAUCAUUGGCUGGGAUCCUCCGUUGGUGCCAGCUGGGUGGGGCAACGUAUUCAGCUAUAAUGUGUUUGUGGACCAGGAGCUGCGGCUCAACGUGCCCUUCGGCGCCCAGACCAAAGCGGUGCUGGAGCGGCUGGACAUCAACCUCAAAGCCUACCGCGUGUCGGUGCAAAGCCUGACGGAGAAGGGCGUCUCGGACCAGCUGCGCUGCAGCCUGCUAGUGGGCCGAGAUGUUUGCGUGGCGCCCACGCAGCUGUGUGUGGACAGGGUUACCGCCACCUCUGCCAACCUGACCUGGCUGCCCAGCAACAGUAACUAUGUGCACAUUGUGUCCUUGAACGAUGAGGAGUGUGAGCUGGUGAAGGCUGGCUGCUACUCGCUGUGCCUCAAUAACCUCCUGCCCAGCCUGCAGUACACCGUCAAGGUGGAAGCACGGCCGCACCGCACCCCAUGGGAGCUCCCUGUGGAGCGGCGUGAACACAGAAGCGCCACCAUCACCUUCAACACGCUGAUGGCAGGCCCCCCGGAUGCUCCCCUGGAUGUCCAGCUGGAGCAGGGCCCUUCUCCAGGGAUUGCUCUUAUCAGCUGGCUGCCAGUCACCAUAGAUGCUGCAGGGACGUCCAACGGAGUCCGUGUCACUGGAUACAGCAUUUACGUUGACAGGAAAAAGGUCCUGGAGGUGUCCUCCCCCACAGCGGGCAGUGCCCUGCUCGGCCCCUCUCAGAUCCAGUGCCUGCAGGCAGCUCAGGAGCUCACUCUCCGCACCAUGUCUGCUCACGGGGAGUCCUGCGACUCUCUGCCAGUUAAGGUGCCCUCCAAGCUGGCUGCCAUCAUGGCAGGUCCGGCUGUCUCCUCCCCAGUUGUGCCAGCGGUUCCCUGCGCCUCGCUAACUCCCAGUAUCCUGCCCCCACAUCUGUCCUACUCUGCUGCAAACAUCUCCGCCAGCCCUUUGCCAUCAGACACGCAUGUCCACGGCCUCACGGUGGAAACCGCCGCCAAAACGCCUGGCGCUCUCCAUUCCGAUCAUCACCCAACAUCUGCCUCGUACGUGAUGGCCUGGGCCAACCCCUCGGCUGCUGCUGCCUUGUCUGUGUGUGAGGCCACACUACCAGCACCCUCUGCCAUUACUCCACCGGUCAACAUAACCCCCUCCAUCAUCAGCACAUCACCUCAAGCCUGUCCAGCAGCAGCACCAUCACCCGCCCCAGCGCCAACAGCAGCACCAGCACCGUCGUUAGAGCCUCACAGAGAUGCGGACAGUCCCGGAACAAUCCGUCCUUUCCCGUCCAUCACAGAUUUUAUGGAGGACCCCAGCGAUCCCAAGUUUGCAACACCCGAGCGCAUCCCUACUCCACCUAAAGCCCCCAUCACAGACCUCCUGAACCCUCAAUACAGCAACGUUCUCCGGCCGCCUAGUACUUCUCCACUGGAGUCGGAGGUAGAGGAGGAGCUGGAAAACACUCGCCUAGUAUCCAUCGAGGAGUUCCUGAGGCAGGAUCAAGAUCCAGCGUACAGCAGGAGACAGCAGAGUUAUAGAGGAGGCUUUGAGGAGCCACCCACUGAUUAUAAUGCAGACAACAGCCGCUCAGACCUGUCUGACAUCCUGGAGGAAGAGGAGGAAGACCUUUGCUCUGAUCACCUCGUAGAAGGACAAGCUAGAGGAUACUCACUGGGAGCAAAUAGGCCUUGCAAGCUGGGAACACCAGACAGUGAAGAGGAGAUGCGGGAAAGAAUCCUCAAGCUGCCUCCUCAGGUUUUACAGAACAAGCAUCUCUUUAGCAUCGCCGAGGUGACGGAAGAGGAAGACAGCAGUCAAGAGGAGGCUUUGGCCCACCGCAGCAAGCCUCGACCUGGGCACAGCCACCUUCAUCAUGGCGGCCAUCACCAUCCCCCCCAGCACCAUCCUAACCCACACAACCCCCCUCACCACCAUCACUUCAACAGGGAUCUGAGAUCCCUCGGCCUCAGACAGGAACCUCUGCAGGUCAAGCCCAAGACCCAGCACAGAGUGCACUAUGCCGCCACAGUCGCUUACCCCGAAGAUGAAAACUCAAGCUUGUAUGAGGGUCCCACCAGCCGGCGGGUUUCAGCCCACCCCCCUCCCAAACCCACCCCCACUGGCAAAGAGAAAAGUCUGCUCAGAGGGCUAGGGGACCGCCUUAGGAGGGAGGCCAUGCUCAGGAGUCAGAUGGCCGUCUCUGCCGUCGUUCAUCCAGACCCCGGCCCAACUGCCCCGAGAUCCUACCCCGUCAGCAAAACCGUACGAAGCGUGAAGUCACCUGUCGGCCGAAGAAUGGAGAUUGAUGUGGAGUACGGAACAGACACCGAAGAGCCAGUGGAUUACAACCCCGGGGAGGUGGUUCUGGAGCAGAUGAGCUCCGAGUGGUGGGUAGAAGAGGCUCCAGUGGAGCACUGCAGACCUUCUCAUCGCAGAGGAGCCAAAGCUGAACCAAUGGAGCCGAGCCAAAUCCCUCCAGCUGUGGCAGGUCCAUCGUGGACUAACCAGGCAGAGCUGUCCAGUAAAGUCGCCAAACAACCCAAAGGUGAAUCACCAAAGAUGAAAGGAGACAGUGAUGUACGCAUCUUUGUGGCACUCUUUCCAUACGAUCCUGCCACCAUGUCACCCAACCCUGAUGCUGCUGAGGAGGAGCUGCCCUUCAGUGAAGGACAGAUCAUCAAAGUUUAUGGAGAUAAGGACGCAGACGGCUUCUACCGCGGGGAGUCGGGCGGCCACGUGGGAUUUGUGCCGUGCAACAUGGUGUCUGAGAUCCAGGUGGAGGAUGAGGAGACCCGGCAGCAGCUGCUGCAGCAGGGAUUCCUGUCCACGGCCACCUCCAUGGAGAAAAUCGGCACUCGUACACAUGCUCAGCUUCCACGCCGCCCUGUCCCACCGCCGAAACCCAGACGAUCAAAGAAAGUGGAGUCUGCAGCGCUCCAGGAGGAGAGCGUAGACUCCUGCAGUCCAGAGCCCUGCCAGACUGCCCCCCCAACAGCUGCGGGUAAACCGGUCUCCGGAGCUCGCAGGAUGAUCGCCAUCUUUGAUUAUGAUCCCAGAGAGAGCUCGCCAAACACUGACAUUGAGGCUGAACUGACUUUCAGUGCGGGAGACGUCAUUCAUGUGUUUGGCGAUAUGGAUGAAGACGGCUUCUUCUAUGGAGACCUGAAUGGACACAGAGGAUUAGUGCCCUCCAACUUCCUGCAGGCCUUCCCCGAUGAAGCUCCAGCAGAAGCAGCCUGUGCUCCGCCCCCUCCAGAGCCCAAGAAAGAGUCACAGGUCACCUCUACAGAACCUCAAUGUUCUGGUCCCUCAUCGCUAGAAGAGACAUUGAAUCUACAAAGUGAAGUUCCACAUCUGGUUAAGAAUGAACCCACACCAUCGGAUCCCGCCACAAGCACCUCAUCCGACCCAGACCCUCCACCAGGUCCAGCCAAUGUGGCGGCCUGCUAUUCUUCACCAGCUCCCCUUCCAUCAGACAGCCCGGCACCAGCGGACUGCUCUGCACAAGCAAAGAAGAAGAAAGGCUUUUUCUCCAAAGGCAAGAAGCUGUUCAGGAAGCUUGGGUCCAGUAAGAAAGAAUGAGUCAGAACUGUGAAUUAAUGGGAAACACUGAAAGCACUUUUCCUCUCAGUGGGGUUAGCAGCCAUCAGAUGUGAUGUCUGAUGUUUUAGCCGUCUGUAAAAAUACACUUGCCUUAGUGUGCUGCUUGACUAGCUAUUUAACAAGUAUGUUUGAAACAUUAGCAUAAAGCAUCAUGUAAGCAUGCAGAGCUGCAUGUCAAAUGCACUGAAUACCUAAACAAGUCAGUGGGAACAUAGAGUAAAAAUCUCAAACCUCUUCCAACGAGUCUAAUGUCGAGCAGGAGUUCAAACAUCCUUUUAACACAGACUGACAAGGGAGUCUUAGUGUCACUGCUCAGUUCUUGUGCCACUUUUUAAAUGUUGGAAGCAAACAAACAAAAACAAAAGUCAGUUUCUAACUGGUGUAAAGGUAUUUUCUCUCCCGCUGCUCUCCCCUUUUAAAAUGUUUGCUUUCUCCUUUAAUACCUGUGUUUUCAAACUUUUGUUUUUGAAACCAGAACUUUCCCCACACUACAUACUAUCAUACUCUUUAUUAUUUGUUUGUUUGUUAAAUCCAGAACCAUAAGUUCAACUGAUUACUGGAUUGAGCAGGUUUUGGUUUUAAUAUGUGUGUGUGUGUGUGUGUGUGUGUGUAUGUGUAUACAUGUCUACAUAUAGUUGUGGGGUCCAACCCUUUGAUCUCACUAACGGGGACAAAGCUAAGACACACUGCUGUGUGUCAGUUGAGAUCUUCUAAACUUUAGAAAGUGAGAUUUGAUUGGUUCUGCAUGAGCAUACUGACUAAUGAACAAACAAUUUGCGCGUCAAAUUUGCAUCAUCCACCUUUCUAUUGACACACAUCAAAAUCUCUACUGGAUGCUUCUUCAAAAAUGUUCACAAAUUUGACCUUCCUGACCAGAAGUUUUGAGCCUCAUCGUUACAUGGAAGGAUUGACGGUAUAUCUCAUUUACAAUGCAUGGAAGACGCAGCUGAUUAGAUUUUAGGUGUAUUUAUUUUAAAGAGCUUGAUAAAGCAUCGGGAAAAACAUUUCCAUGUCUGGGUUCAUGAGAUCAUUUAGAGAUCUCUGAGAGGGUGAACUUCACCAUCUGCUCCAGUAAAUACGUCUAAAUGAUGGCCGCUUCCAGUGGUACUUGUGUCUCUCUGUGACCCAGUUUGACGACUUGUUGUCCUACUUAAUAUUAAAAGUGGACUUCUCUUACGCGCAAAUCGCAUUUGGUGUGAACACACCUUCACAGUAUCUUCAUAGUAAAUACAGUCACAGAUUUGGUUUGAAUGUGCUUGAAAUGGUUUCAACUGUAUUCUCAAGAGUCUCUUCAGUUUACUCUGCGUUAGACCUGAUAGAUGGACAGUGUUUAUUCACAUUGCAGUGAAACACACCAGGGUUCACUUGCAAGUGAAAAGAGACCCUUUUUAAGCAUUUAAGAAGAGAAACAUUUGCAGCGAUUGCCUGUGUUUUCCCACCAGAACUCAGUGGAGUUUUUGAACUUGUCAAACAAAGUCGACUGUCUGAGAUAAGAAACUGGUUUGGACCGAUUAGUCAAGAGUGAAAGCACCCUUAGCUUUGGUUUCUAUUUCUGUUGUGCACCACUGUACAAAUGUAACUGCAUGUAGAGACAUUUCAACUGUGAAAAACUACCGCAAUACUAAACUUGACUCUGCUGCAUAGAAAACAAAAUAUGUCCCUACUAUCUAAAGAAAACUUAUCAGUUGAUGUGUGUAGGUUUGUUUUCCUCAAACGUUCUGAUUAGAUUGAAAAAUGAAGGGAAGGCACAAGCAUAAACAUAAACACAGGGAGAUGUUCCGCCUGCAUGAGCUUUGUGUAAAAUCUUACAGAUGUGUCUGUGUUCAGCAGGCAGCUCUGUUAGCUAACGAGAAUGGAAAUAAUAUUUGAUCUUGUAGUAGCAUAUAUAGAUCAAUAUCAUUUCACAAAUAGUGACUUUCAGGUGAGGGCAUCCAAGUAAUUUUCCUGAAUUCAUUUGGAGAUUUCUUAACUAGAAUCAUUGACUGUAUAAGAGAAUUGAACUGAGUGAACUCUCCCUCCUGGGGAAAUAGGAAGUACCUGCUGGUCCAAGAAGUCAAAGUAUAUAUACGUAUAUAUUUCUGUAAUUAAAAUUAUAAACUGACCAGUCAGAUGCCUCAGUUAAAUUAUGUAGCUUCCUGAUUGGCAGGAAUGGUUACCAUGGAAACAAUGACUCAGACCAACUCGGACCACUCACAGCUUACUGACAUCUGGCUCCAACAUUCCGGCAUUUGUUUUGUGAAAAAAUAGAGACUGAAUUGACUUCAUUUGGUUGAAGCCAGAAGUAAGUUGUUUUCCAUGGGUGACAUCACACUCACUCUGUCCAGUUCUCUUAUACAGUCAACGGAGUGAGCACUAUGUUUUUUAGGUUUUUGCAUUCAAGUUUUGAAGUCUGUUUUUGGGCUCCACUGAAGACGAGUUGAAAUGGAACGCGAAAUGGAAACUAAGAGACUGAAUAUUCUUUGUCAACACAAAAAGAAAAUGGAGAAAAACACCUUUAGUGGUUUAACAUUUUGCCUAUUAUUUGUUCUUUGAACUUUUAAUGUGCGGCGCCUUGUUUAACUAAGGUCAUUUUGAGGCACCAUAUAAAUUUAAUAAACUUAAACUAUUAUUAUAAUUAAAAAUACACCAGCAGUGUUUCUAUGCAUUACUGGCAUUAAACUUAGGGUUUUUUCUUAUGUUUCCCAAUUGGUUUUCAUUUCAAAAAUGACUCACAAUAGAAUGUGUGCUUUGUUUGCAGUGAACAUUGAAGUUAAAGUGACAAAAUUAACAAAGAAACCUUACAAAGAAUCCUCUAAAUUUUGCAUUUCUUCCUGCUUUCUUUUUUGAAAACUACUUAAAAGGUUUUGAUUUCAUUUUUAGCAUUAGACUGAAACCAUUUCCUAUGUGCUGCAGAGAAAUCGUGUACCUGAGCAGAUGUGACACAUUUCACAUCUGGGAAAAUCCACCCAACCUGAGGAGUUUUUGGUUCUUUGCACUUUUGCAACUCUUCUGUCUGACUCCUCAUUGUUGAGCUGGGAGAUGAACUUGCAGUACAGAAGCACUUGAGCAGACAUAACGGUGUCACGACAAUGCAUCUUUAUUUAUGCAUUGUUGCAUUUAUCAUGCACACAUUUGCACUAAACAAGUGGAAUGUUUUAAACAGUCAAACUUCAGCAAUACUUCAUGCAGUUUAUGAACUGUCGGAGGACAACAGCAGAACUGUUCUUCAUCACCUCCAGAGCGUUUGCUCAACCGCAGGUGUAGUGGAGGUGGAUGCAGAUGUGUGAUGUAGGCCUUUUAGCUACUUGUAACCGUCGUGUCAUUCUCUCUUUUUUCUUUUUUUACACAUGGCUGAUGGGGAACUUCUCAGGUCUUUAAGUCGUGGUUCCCCGUCAGUGUUGAACCACCUGUUGACUCCGGCUGGCCAUCAGCAGCAGAAUAUGCCAAAAUGUUUGGUGCUUUGCUUGUUACCAUAGCGAUAAGAGACCUUUUUCACAGGAUUGUGGGAGAUUUUCCACAUAUUAGUCUUCUUUUUUGUAAUUAGGUUGAAGUUGGAACCUGAUGGUUGUUGUGUUUUAAUUUAUGAGUUAAACCUAAAAGGGAGCAUGAAGAUGCCAAGAAACGUUUGGUUUAUUUUGAAGACACUUUAGACUGAAUUAGCCGGGAUAGAGGCAAGUCAAAGGCAGUACUGUAUAUUGUAUUUAUGUUUUAUUUCUUUUUAAUAAGGGACAGACGCUCCAAAAUUGCCGAAAUGUACAGCAAAUAUGUGUAAUGAUCUUGUAUUCGACGGCCUUUAACGCACACGUAGUUGUGUAGCUGCUGUGUAGCUGCUCUGUGGAGCCAAUAGCAGCGUGUAGGAAGUGUUUUAGCCCAGCUGAUCAUAUUUAGCCUUACAUCACAAACUUUAUUAGUCUUAACAUGUUUACAGGAAGUUUACUGACUGCAUGCAUACACAUCUUAUACCCAUAUUUGGCCUUAUUUGUGUUGCUGUCAGACUUGUCUACAAUGUUUAGGUUGUGGCUGGUCGAUGCAGAGGUGUGUGUAUGUGUGUGUGUGAACUGUAAUGAACGUCGACAGCUCUCAUCGCAGAGCUGUUUUCUUGUGUUUGCUUUUCUGCAUUCUUUAUGGGAAACCACUGUUAUAUGAUGCUUUCGAUAAAUAAUAUGAAUGUUUUUAUUACUGCUUUUGGAAUCUGUAAAUAUUUUUGUUCGUACUCUUUUCAGAUUUCGUGUGGUUUUAUUUUGCAUGUUUGAGCAGUGUUGACGCAGGACUAGCAUCGGAAUCCGAAAAAGGACUCUUUUGACGCGAAUUUGUGAGGGUUUCUUUGGAUAUUGAUCUUUUUACCAAAAUAAAGAAUGUAUAUUUUCACAGAAAAUGAUUGUGUCGUGUAUUGUUCUCAGUAAACAAACAAGAAACAGGAUUUAUUUUUUAUCACAGGUUUGGUUUUUAUUACAUAAACUGCAACACAUGGUAUAUAUAAAUGAUAUAUUUUCAUUUGUUUGUAAAAAUUGGAGAAAGAGCAGCAAGCUUCGCUCAGUGCCACACUCCACCCAUGUGAACUGAUGUCUUCAACACUUUGGGAGAUGUGUGGCUUACUGAGACAAAGCAGCUUCCUCUUUUCGGACUUCCUGUGCCGCCGCCAUGCCGGGCCGCCGUUCUCCCUGAAGCCAACAGUACACUCAUCCAUAAAGUAGGAAACACUACACUUUGGCAAGGAGUUUAGUAGUGCUUUCUACUUUAUGGAUGACUGCACUGUACAUCCACCACUCCUCUUCCGUCCUCUUGUGCACCUGCAUCAUUCCUGCAGCUGCUCGCAUGCACCACCCCCAUCACACCAACCCCCACCCAAAGCUUUGAAUUUACCAACCCCAAACCUCACAUCUCAACUGCUGCAGCACGAAACCAGAAAAUGUCCACUUCCGGGUUUAACUAAACAAGUUUUCUUUGUUUUUUAAAUUACUUCUUAAAGAAUCAGUGAGGUCGACUAGCAUUUUUAAGAAAACUUCAAAAUAAAAGAAGACUUCAGAGCAGCUUUUCUGAUGAUUUUCUGAAGAAAACCAUCAGAGGAAGCGCUAUCUUUGAGACGCCAUUUUGUCAGGCAUGAGUAAGCUUUUCUGUCUGAGAUACUUCACAGUUUAAAGUAACUUUAAGGGCUAUAAACAUCUGGAUCUAGAUUAAAAAAAGACAUUUAGAAUUUAAAAAUAUAUUCAACAUUUCAUUGAUAGUCAUUUCACAGAACAAAAA